AUGGCGCAUCAAAAACACGUCGCAGAAGUGCCACGGAGCCUUCUACCUCGUCUCACAUGGAAUAGCUCCUCCUCUCGCCCUUCCGUCACAUCCACCCACCAUGCCGUCCUGGCAACAAGGCAUCACCAGCAACAUUUACAAGGCUGGAGCCCUCUCAACCGACAAAUACAAUCCGCAAACACUCCAUAUCAGACCUCGCGAGGCAUUUCCACAUCGAUUCGCGAUCCCCGCUUCGCCUCUGCCGUUUCCCGACGCUCCUCCUCGAAUGCGACAAGCUCGUCCGCACAGCCCCUCAGGAACCCGGUCCGACAUAAUGGUGUCUAUGUCGCUAUAUUCAAAUCUGCGAAGCGGGCAUUUCAUGCGACGCCCGCUCAGCAGCGAGAUCACCAUUUCGAUACCCUGAAGUUUGUGAAGCGACUUCAGGCCGAGGGGUUCAGCGAAGAGCAGGCCGUGGCUAUGAUGCGGGUGUUAAACGAUAUCAUUCAAGAAUCCAUUCAAAAUCUGACACGUACAAUGGUUCUCCGAGAAGACUCGGAGCGAUCUACCUAUACCCAAAAAGUUGACUUCGCUAAACUGCGAUCCGAGCUUCUCAAUGCCGAUUCGACCGAAGCGCAGCUAACUCGCUCAUCGCACGAAAAAAUCGCUGCCGAUCUCGCCAAGCUUAACUCGCGCCUUCGUGAUGAAAUCGGACGGACACAAGCAUCGGUCCGGCUGGACCUGAACCUGGAGAAGGGCCGGAUCCGCGAGGAAGCCAACGGACAAGAAAUGCGUAUUAAGGAAACAGAGACUCGUAUCGAACAGGAAGUUGCGGGCUUGAGAGAGCGAGUUGAGGCUGUCAAGUUCUCGACUCUGCAGUGGCUCAUGGGUGUCUGCACUGGUACUGCUGCUUUGAUCCUUGGUGCUUGGCGCUUGUUUAUGUGA